AUGCGCAUAAACGAAAUGGCAAUGACAUCAGUUGACGCACAGUCAUACAUUACACAUGCUGUUGCAGGAAGCGAUCCGUACCUUCGCGAGACUCUCCUCCAUGUAGCCAAGCUCUACUGCGACUUUCAGCAGAAACAGCACUGCUCUCAGUCCAAGGCGGUAACAUCUGUUGAGAUGGCUCUGGCAGCUACUGCAAUGGACGAGAGUGAGUCGGCUUCACCGAUGAAGAAGCAAAAGACAGGGAAAUGCGAAUUGCCCCGCUCUGCCCUCAGUCCUCCACGCCCCGUACCCUCUACUUCUGCAUUGGCGUCUAGUUUCUGCGUAGAUAAUCUCUGUCCUCCACCGCUAACUGGAUCACCAGAGAAAACACAUCUCUUUCGCCCCUUCUGA